AUGUAUUGCAUCGACGUCGAUGUGAGCGGUGCCUCCGUUUCUUUCAAUGGCAAAACCUCAGUCGUUGAGCCCGGCAUGCACUUCAUGGUGCUUACAAGUGGCAAAACGAAGCGAAGGUCUCAGCCGGAGAGACCAACCAAUAAUGAGCCCCCUCCCAAGAUUCUAUUAUUAGAUGACGUCAUACUAUCUGUGGUCGUGUGGAGAGAAAUCGGCGAAGCUUCCGUGGUAUACUUGCACGAGGGUUGUCGUCGACGCUUUCAGUCGAUUUUGCCCGGCCAGAAGCUGUUCAUCGACAAGGACGGCAAUGGGAUUAUAGAAGGGAGAGGAGUGGAGAAGCAGGUCGAUGUUCACGACGAGUAG